GAAAAUACUGUUUCUGGAGGACACCAGCUCCCAUUCUCACCUCCUCCAGCAGAGCCAAAGUUGUGUUUCAAGGAAGUGACCUCCCACAUCCAGCCAGCAGAGUUGGUGUCUCGAUCAUUUAUCACAUGAGACAGAAAGUUAAUGAGUGUGAGAGGGACAAUGGCGGCUGUGCUCACACAUGCCAGGACUCUCUGUUUGGAUAUUCAUGUCAUUGUCGUGAGAGAUUCACCCUUGAUAGCGACAGUCACAAUUGCAGUGAUAUUGACGAAUGCGCUACUGAUCAGCAUGAAUGCAAACACAUCUGCAAAAACACUGAGGGAUCAUACUCAUGUGGCUGCAGCGACGGCUAUACUCUGAAUGAAGAUGGAAGAACCUGCUCCAUAACAUGUGGAGGGAGACUCACAGAAGUCAGUGGGUCUUUCCACACUCCUGACUGGCCUCUCAGUUAUCCCACUGAAGACUUCGUCUGUGAGUGGGUGAUAGACAUUGAGAACACCACUGACUCAGUCAUUGAGAUUACUUUCAAUGAUCCAUAUGGGAUCAAUGGUCGUGAUCCAUGUCCAACUGACUAUGUGGAGGUACUGGAUGGAGUAGAGGAUCACUCUCAUUCUCUUGGAAAACACUGUUUCGUGAGGACACCAACCCCCAUUCUCACCUCCUCCAGCAGAGCUAAAGUUGUUUUCCAAGGAAGUGACCUCGCUCGUCCGGUCAGCAGAGUUGGUGUCUCCAUUGCAGUUACAAUGAAACAGAAAGUGAACGAGUGUGAAAAUGAUAAUGGUGGGUGUGCUCACUCCUGCCAGGAUUCUGCAGGGUCUUAUUCAUGCAGUUGUCCUAGCGGAUUCAUUCUUGGUGGUGACAAACACAACUGCAGUGAUAUAGAUGAAUGCUCUACCAGUGUGCAUGGAUGCAGACAAAUCUGUACAAACACUGAAGGAUCGUAUUUAUGUGAAUGUAGAGAUGGAUAUGGUCUAGAUGAUAACGGGAAGACCUGCUCCAUUAGUUGUGGAGGGAGACUCUUUGAUUCCAGUGGAAGUUUCCAGACACCAGAUUGGCCAGACAGAUAUCCUCAAGCUGACUUUAUCUGCGAGUGGACCAUCGACAUGUCUGCUAAUAGCUCCAUUCAGUUUACUGUGGACAGUUCAGCAUAUGGAAUCAAUGGUCGUCCUCCGUGCCAGAAUGACCAUCUCGAGUUCUUUGAUGGUAUGGAGAGUGAUAGUCGGUCACUUGGGAGAUUCUGUAAAUUGGAGGUACCUCCUUCUAUUACCACAUCAACUGGAGCUGCUCGAGUUGUCUUUGAGGGAAGAGAGCAUCAAGAUCGUCCAGCCAGUCGCAAAGGAGUUCGUGUUCUAUACCAUGUCAUGGAUUAGUUCCAUAGCAAAAAUAGUACUUUCGAUACUAUUGUGUAUGCCUCAUUUUAGCCCUUCACAUGAUCUAAAAAGUUGAUGGAUGCGC